AAUGCACGUCAAAGGUAGCGGCGCAUUCAGCUACAGCGCAGUUGCCGCCAAACAUUCCCCGGAACUGGUCGGCUGACGUCACUGGGUUCCAAUUUCGAAAAUUCAAAACUUUUCGUCGGUUAAUAUAAUUGAGAUAAACAUAGAUAUAGAAAUAUAAUUUCGGACUCUUGAAUUUAGUGGUGUUAUUAUUAUUAGAAAGUGCAGUUGGCAAGCUUAGCCUGUUUAUUUAUAAAGUUUUACAUACCGUAGUGCAGCGGUGAAAACAAAUUUAUUACUUUAUUUUUUCUGGGCAAUUAUUAAGACGGAGGAUGGACAUCCCCCGGCCAUCAUGUGCCCUUCUUAUACUGAUUGUGCUCUGCUUAACACAACUUACAGAAUGCAUGAAUGGCGGGAAAAUAAACUUCAGGGAGAAAGAGAAGCAGAUCCUGGACCAGAUCCUGGGUCCAGGGAGGUACGACGCCCGCAUCAGGCCCUCAGGCAUCAACGGCACUGGCGAUGCGCCAACCUUAGUCCGCGUCAACCUGUAUCUACGAUCCAUCAGCAAAAUAGAUGAUUACAAAAUGGAAUAUUCUGUUCAAUUAACAUUCAGGGAACAAUGGUUAGAUGAGAGGCUCAAGUUCAACAACUUGGGAGGCCGUCUGAAAUACCUAACCCUGACAGAAGCGAACAGAGUAUGGAUGCCUGAUCUGUUCUUCUCCAACGAGAAGGAGGGACAUUUCCACAAUAUCAUCAUGCCAAACGUAUACAUCAGGAUCUUUCCCAAUGGAAAUGUAUUGUACAGCAUUCGAAUCUCUCUGACUCUCUCCUGCCCUAUGAACCUUAAGCUGUACCCAUUGGAUAAACAGACAUGCUCCUUGAGGAUGGCCAGUUAUGGUUGGACGACGGAUGAUCUGGUGUUCCUUUGGAAAGAAGGCGAUCCAGUACAGGUGGUGAAGAAUCUCCAUCUUCCUCGGUUUACUCUGGAGAAGUUCCUUACAGACUAUUGCAACAGCAAGACUAAUACUGGUGAAUACAGUUGCCUAAAAGUGGACUUACUGUUUAAACGCGAGUUCAGUUACUACCUUAUCCAGAUCUACAUUCCAUGCUGCAUGCUCGUCAUUGUCUCCUGGGUGUCCUUCUGGUUGGAUCAAGGAGCUGUGCCAGCGAGGGUAUCGCUAGGAGUGACAACCUUACUCACGAUGGCCACUCAAUCAUCAGGCAUAAACGCGUCCCUUCCUCCAGUGUCGUAUACAAAAGCCAUCGACGUCUGGACAGGGGUGUGCCUAACUUUUGUCUUCGGGGCGUUACUAGAGUUCGCUCUAGUGAACUACGCGUCUCGUUCUGACAUGCAUAGAGAAAUGAUGAAGAAAACGAGACGGGAGAUGGAAACAGCCGCCAGUAUGGACGCGGCGUCAGAUCUGCUGGAUACUGACAGCAACGCCACAUUCGCUAUGAAACCCCUGGUGCGCGACGGCAUCAUUGACUCCAAGAUGCGGCAAUGUGAGGUGCGCAUGAGUCCUCCGCGCAAGAACUGCUGCCGCCUCUGGAUGUCGAAGUUUCCGACUAGAUCCAAGAGGAUAGACGUCAUUUCCAGAAUCACCUUCCCGCUUGUGUUUGCACUCUUUAAUUUGGCUUAUUGGUCGACGUACCUGUUCCGCGACGAGGACCAGGAGAAGUGAUUCUCCGGGUCGGCCGGCGGCGCGCCGCAGGUGGCGCGGCUGGCGGCGGCGGUGCUGGCGCCGUACGCGCUGUUCGCGCUGGCCUACGCGCUGUUCCUGCGCCACGCGCCGCCGCGCCGCGCCGCCCGCCCCGCCCGCCCCGCACUCCCCACACUCCCCGCACUGCCCGCACUCCCCGCACUCCCCGCACUCCCCGCACGCCGCCACACUCGCACGCCCGCCUCUACUGCUACAGCCGGUUAUGCAUUUUAACCCUCGUUUGAAGCUUUACAAUGCGAUCAAAGUAAUAAUAGGCACCUCAACGGCCCCGGACUGUAAACCUAGAGUAAUCUCCAAAACCAACCACAGCAUGGGAUUCUUCAAAAGCCCCCCUUUUGAAGAACCUAAAGAGGUUUAUUCAGGGUCAGCAACGCGCGGGUAAUACUUCUAGUAUUGCAAGUGUACGGUAACCACUUACCAUCAGGUGCUCCGUAUGCUUGUUUGCCACUUCAGUGGUAUAAAAAAAAACAAAGAGCCUCCUUUUUUUGAAUCAUGAUAGAAUUUGCUUUGCGCAAUCCAACAAGAAUUUAAGAGACCUGCUGAUACUAUAUUAAGUUUGUAACUAAUAGAAGACACAUUUUUUGUAAUGAUUUUUCGAUAAGGUCAAUUUUCCUAAUAAGAAAAAAACUAUGUUUAGACAGUAAAUAUGGUGUGAAAUAAGUCCUAUUCUUAUUUUGAUCGCUUAAUUUAAGUAUUAUGUUGUACCCACAAUUUCCACCAUUUUUGAAUAUUUUUAAUAAGUUUUAUAAAGUUUUUUGAAUUAUUAAAUUAAUGGUUAGACUAAUCUGGCCAAAAAUAACAACUAAGCAUGAUCAGCUCAGGGUUUAGAUUAAAUUAAAAAUAACUAAAUCCAGAGAAGUCGAAUUUCCGAUUGUUGUUCUAUUAUAAUUUGCUAUUACAAAUCUUUUUAUAUUUUGUACAAACAUAAAUAUGUCUUCAUGUGGCAUACCAACUAUCUACUUUUACUUUAUUUUUAACAAGAAUGAUUCAUUUAUUACUAUUUUGUAAAAUUCGAAUCUACAGCUCUUUAAUUUAAAAUUAAUUGUGAAUAUUAAUUUAUUACCUAAUUAAAUAAUGAUUCGGAUUGUUGAAACUUAGGAAUUUCUUAUAAAUUGUACAGUGAAACCUGACUGAAACACCGGCACUUAAGAACUUAAGAACAUCUCUUGUCACUCAUACCUAUUAUUUCUCUCAUUAUACAACUAUGAUAGGUACUUAUUGAUACAUGAUAACGAUAUGUUAUUAGUACCUAUAUAUAAUAUUUAUGUACAAAAAAUUUCCUUUCCAAAAUAAAAAUUUUUGAUAAUUUUACCAAAAUGGAACUGUGUAUUGAAACGUACAUUAUGUGUGUUAAAAUAAGUAGGUGUAAGCGAAAUAUGAAUAACCACAUAGCAAUACAAUACUGUCAAAAAAUUAUAUGCAAUUUUAGACUGCAUCAGUAUUACUAAUACGAACUAGUAUAUCACAGAAUAACUUUGAACAGAAAAAAAUUACUAUGUGGCCUCGUAUGGAACAAUUUGAGAAUUAUCGUAUUAAAUUCAAAUAUUUUAGAUGACAUAUGACUACAAUAAUGUGAAUUUGACUCUAUCACACAGACGAUAGAGUUCAAUAUUUUAACUCUUUAGAAAUUAGAGUACUUUGUCAGAGCAUGUUCACAUUGAUUGUAAGACGGCCUAGAUAUAUAUAUAUAUCGUGUAGGUUUCGUUUAUUAUAAAAUUAUAAUAAGAAUAUCGUCUAUAAGACAAAAGGAAUUUAUAAACACAUUAUUCAUUAUUUCAUAGGUUUAACGACCUUCUUUACUCGGAGAAGAAGAGAUAAAUAGUAUAAUUCAAAGUAAUAAGAUCGAUAGUUCUGGGACGAGUUAAUUUAGGAAACAAACAUUUCUAAGCUAACUCGCAUCUGGGCGUUAUGGGUGUGCCACCCAUGAGUCGUUGUCUGGUUUCCUCAUAGUACAGGGCAUCCUAGUUUGAAAACCAGACAAUUGGUGUGAUUAUCUGGCACCUAAUUAGUAAUUAGAUAAGUAUUAUGUAUAAUAUUCAUGUAUUUCUCAUUAAAAAUUCUUGUAAUUUGAAGUUGGACACAGUAGUAUACUACUGGCAGUUACGUGUAUACAUAUAAAUCGACGAUUUCCUAGUUAAAUUACCAUUUCUUUAUUAGAUAUCAAAUAGAUAUAUAUCCAUACGAAUUUUAUCUAGUCUAUUAAAUAAUGAAAGAAGGAAUUUCGUUUAUUAAAAGAUAUUUAACAAAAGUAAUUUUCGUAUCGUUUGGUAUAUUUUGAUGAUAUUUCAAUUCAUAUAUUGCAAACAAUAUAACUUGUGAAAAUUAUACACACUCAUUUAAUCAUUGUUCGAAAUGAUAAUAUAAAAUAAUAGUGAGUUUGAUUUUAAGUGAGUGAAUUACAAGAGUUUUAAAUGAGAAUCCGUAGGUGGUUACCAUGUAAAUAGUUGGGCCUACAACUUUCUACACCUGUGUCGCUCAUUGUACAGUUAUUUAUGAAUAUAUAUUUAACUAUAUUAUUGUAUCUAAUAAAAAAAAAAAACUUACAAGAUUUUAUUAAAUGUUAAUUUUUGUGUCAUACAACGUCUAUACGUGUCACUGUAAAUACUGUCAAUAUUUCCUAAUUACUUAAUACGUGGAGUACGCUCCUUGUUAUAUUAUUUUCAAUCUUGCAUGAUUAUAGUAUUAUUAUCUUUAAUCAAAAAGGUAUUAAAUAAUUUUGUAAAGAUUUCAAGUAAUUUUAAAUAUAACACGAAUUUAAUGCAGUACUAUUAUAAUUAAUUUCCGACGUCUAUUUACCUUAUACAGGGAGCAUGCUUUCACUGCUAGUAUCAAUGUUUUAAUGUGUAUUUAUCAAUCACUACACGUAACUUCAUAUUAUUAUAUCACUAACGCUGUGUUCGUUUAAGAACUUUAUUGUAAGUCCGGUGUCCGUGAACCAUGUUGUGUCAACGGUGAAAUUCCGAAUUUCUUCACUUUGUUUACGGUUCUUGCUCAUUUCUCUCUUUCCGUCCCUUUUCCGUAAACAAACUUUUAGGUUGUUACAAUACAUAGUUUAGUAGAUACUUAUUCAAUAUUAUCGGUCGGUAUUCUUUUACAUGUCCUCAUUAGAUAUUCUUGGGCUGUGAUGAAGCAUGUAGUUUUAACCGGGUCUAAUGAUUUAAAUUUUAUAUUUUACAGAAUGUUGUAACAAAAUAAAUAUGAACAUAAGUAUGGAGAAUCUUUCAUCAUUCAGCCGUCAACAUUAUAUUGAAAUUGGCAUUUAUUUAUAUAAUGUCCUUACAUAUGUUCCCAACAAUCUGUUUUCCACUUAAUAUUUCAAAUUAUAAAUUAGAUAACACUCAAUUAUAAUUUUACAUCUUUGCAUAAUUUUAAGUACCAAUUAGUCGAAAUGUAGUACAAGAUAUAUCUAUUACAAUUGAUAAAGUAUAUUAUGAACUCGUAAAUAACAUAUCGAUUGUUGAUUUACACGAGUGCCCACCGAAUCAUAAUGCCUACAAAACUGUGAACACAUUAAGUAGGUUUUUAAGUGAAACAGAACACCAAAACGGUAAAUAGCUAGAAAAAAAAAACCACCGAACAAGUGAAGCAAAUUUAUUGUAAGGUUGAGAAAUUUUAAACAAAUUUUAACCAACAAUGAUAAUAUUAAUUAUUUUUGCUCAAUCCUUGUCAAUCAAUUCACACCUUAUAAUUGUAAAUGUAACAAUUAUAUUUACCAACAAAAUCCUAGCUGCUUCCAGACCUAGAGAAGAUCUCUCAGCUUGUAAAAUGUGUAAAGAUCACUAGAAAUAAAAUUCAACAGUCAUUCCCACUGUCAUUAAGUUCGGAUCGUCGUAAAGAAGAGUCGUGAAGGAUUUUAAUAAAAGUAUACCCAUCUA